AUGAAAUUCUUGUCCAUUGCGCGCGCCGUCGAGGCCGAGGUGCCAAAGAUCAAGGGAUCGCGCUUCAUCGGGUUUGUGAGCCCUGUGACGUCGCGCCAAGACGCACUGGCAGUUGUCGCAGCGCGCCGAGCGAUCUUCCCGCAGGCCAAUCACCACUGCUUCGCCUACACGCUCGCGUCGCCGCCCGAAUCGUUCGCGUCCGAUGACGGCGAGCCUCACAACAGUGCCGGCCGGCCGAUCCUGCACGUCUUGCAGCAGCACGAUGUGCUGAAUGUCUGCCUCGUCGUUUCGCGCAUUUUUGGCGGCACAAAGUUGGGCACGGGCGGCCUCGUUCGCGCCUACAACAGCGCGGCCAAGUGCGCGAUGGAGGCCGCGAGCGUUCAAGAGACUUGCGUCCAGCAUAUUGUCAGCGUACUCGUGCCUAUUCACGCCGUCGCCGUGGUCAAGAAGGCACUGCACCGCUUCGACGGGCACGUCGAAACCCUUACCAUCGAGGGCGACUCGGCCAUUCUGGUCUCACGCCUGCCACUGACACACGCCAUGGCAUUCGAGUCAAUGGUGUCCGAGUCGACAAAUGGACGGGCUAUCAUCUCGCAAACGCCGCACAUAGAUGCAAGUUGAAUGCCAUGUGUACACCUUGGAGGAGACGUUCAAUAUACACCUUCAGCGAUUUGCA